AUGUGGCUCUUCAUCUUCUUAGCGUGGCUGGUGAUCUGGGCGGGAGGCACCUAUUGGUACCUGUUUGGGAAGCCCAGUCCUUUCUCCUUGGACGCGGUCAGGCCUCCUGGGCCUCGAGAGUUUGACCAGAAGAAGAGGGACAAAGUCAUCAAGCAAGGUUUCAGCCCCGACAAGGUUCCCCAGAACCUGGACGUCGUCGUGAUUGGCAGCGGCAUCGGCGGGCUGGCGGCGGGUGCUACACUGGCUAAGGCGGGCAAGAAGGUUCUGGUUCUAGAACAGCAUGACCAGGCGGGAGGCUGCUGUCACACCUACGUGGAGAAAGGCUUUGAGUUUGAUGUUGGCCUCCACUACAUUGGUCAGCUCCAUGAGAACAGCCUCCUCCGCAUCAUCUUUGACCAGCUGUCAGAGGGCCAGCUGGAGUUCCAGGAGCUGAACCAGCACUUUGAUACCAUCCAGAUUGGCCUGGGGGACGACAAGCGGGAGUACAGCAUCUUCUCGGGGAAAACGGAGAUGAAGGCUCACCUCAUGAAGCAAUUUCCCGAUGACAAGGAGGCCAUCGAGACCUUCUUCCAGAUCAUGAAGGUCUCAGCCAAGAAGACUCACUACCUGGCGACCCUCAAGCUCAUCCCACAGUGGCUGUCCUUGUUCCUGUUGAAGUCGGGAAUCGCAGACCUGGUCUCGCCGGUUUUCCGCCUGUCUGGAACGUGUGCUACAGACUUGGUGAACACGCUGACCACCAACAAAGACCUCCAUGUCAUCUUUUCCUACCUAUUCUAUGGUGUGCCUCCAAAGGACUCCAGUAUUCUGAUCAACGCCCUCCUGGUUCAUCACUACAAACGAGGUGCCUACUACCCCAAAGGUGGCGCUAGUGAGAUCGCCUUCAACAUCAUCCGCACCAUCCAGAAACAUGGAGGAACCUGCUUGGUCAGAGCUCCUGUCUCACAGAUCCUUGUCGACGACGAGGGGGCAGCUUACGGGGUGAAGGUGAGGAAAGGUGGAGAUGAAGUAGAGAUCCACGCUCCUGUGGUGGUCUCAAACUGCGGCAUCUUCACCACCUUCCAGAAACUUCUCCCUCCUGAGAUCCAAGUCAAGCCAGACAUCCAGGAGAGGCUGAACAUGAUGAAGCACGGCAGAGGUUCGUUUUUGGUCUUUUCUGGUUUCGAUGGUACUGAGGAGGACCUGGGUCUAGUGUCCACCAACUUUUGGCUCUUCAAAAACAACGACAUGGACAAAUCGAUGGAGGACUUUUUUGCACUGAGCAAAGAGGAAGCACCGGACAACAUACCCAUGAUGUUCAUCACAAUGCCGUCGUCCAAAGACCCAGAAGCCAAAAUAAGACACCCUGGGAAGUCUUGUAUGACCAUACUGACGAUGGUGAAGUAUGAAUGGUUUGAGGAGUGGAAGGACACCACCGUCCGCAAGCGGGGCGAUGGCUACUUCAACUACAAAAUGAGAUUUGCCAACAAACUCUUUGACUGGGCCUGUCAGUUGUUCCCAAACAUCAGAAACAAGCUGGUCUUCCAGGACGUGGCCACCCCGCUGACCAACAUGCACUACCUGGGCGCUCAGCGAGGCGCCAUGUACUCGGCCGAGCACAACCUGGAGCGUUUCCAAGCAGAGGCGGUGGCGAGGAACCGGUGUCACACUCCUGUCAAGAACCUCUACAUCUCUGGCCAAGACGUGUUCAGCUGCGGCAUCGCCGGGGCGCUGCACGGCGGUAUCCUGUGCGCCUCGGCCGUGUUGGACCGCAUCGUCUACAUCGACUUGCUCCUCAUCAAGAAGAAGCUGAAGAGGCAGAAGGCCAAGGAGCUGUCCCUGCUGGCUCGGAAGAAGUUGCAGUGAGCGAACGCUCACUCAGAACGGACUCUUUGUCGGUGUCUUGGAAGACUUUCGUUGGAUCGCUGGAUGAGCGAAGGCGAAGUUGUGGACGCUAGCACGACAUUCCCAACUGUUUUUACACGUAUAAUACCAAAACGUUAGCUAAACUGUAAAAAAAAAAAAAGGCAGGAAAUUAUACAAGAAAAUUAAAUACCAGAAAAAUAAACCAAAUCCGGGUACGGUAGAUACCUGCAAAUGGCGAAAAAUUGUGAGUCAGUGACACGCCCGUGAAAAACUCACUGCUCGCUUGAUGUUGGCAUUCUCCUUGGAUUUUGGAUCAACAUUUGUAAUAAAAGUGUGCGUCGUAAUUUUUAGAUUAGAUUCAGCUCCAGAACCCUCCCCUUCUCUCUUCGAUUGCCACUGUCCAACCCCACACACUUAUGAAACACAUUUCAAGUAGAAAAUAUAUAGCUACUCACCAAUAACGAAUGACAAGAUGGAAUGGGAGUCACGGUGUAGCCUUUAGCCUGGUCGUCAGGCUAGCAGGCGAGAGAGACACGUGUCUACAUAAUCCAUACUGCCUGUUGACAUUCCAGUAACAACUUGCCAUCACGGAUGAACCUGUGCUCACCUCAAGUUUUGAGGCUGGAUUGGCUGUGGAAGCUAGUGCCAAUGUAGCCGAACAAACAGGUAGCCGCCAUCUUGCGCCGAUGUCACGUCCUUACGUCGUGGUUGAAACAGAGAGGCUCUCAAAUGAGAGUGAAGAUGUCCCCUGAGAUGCAACUGGUCAAAGAGCACUGCAGUUUCUCUUGGAUUUGGUGGAUUUAUUAAAGGAUAAGUGUACUUUUUCGGGGGGAAUUUUGCCUGUAAUCCACAAUCCUUAUGCGAGACAUGAACACACACGUCUUUCUCC